AUGUACUCUGAGCAAGUCAAGCAAUCAGCAAGGAAAGUGGGCCGCUUGAGUCUACAAUUAUCUGAAGGCCCAAAUCUUUUUAGAUGCUUCAUACAUCACCCUCUCACUACCACCCGCCACGUCAUCAUCGUCCAAACCCACUUCGUGACCACACUUGUCUGCAUCAUCAUCAUCACCGCACCAGGCCACAUCAUCGGCGGGCCCCACGGCACGGCUGAACUGCUCCUUCAAAUCUGGCGCAACAAUACCAAUCAUCUCGCUCAACGCCCGGCGCUCGUGUCUCCUCCUCUCGGCAUCAGCACGCAACAGCUCGAUCGAUGCCAUGUGUCGACUCUCGGCCACCACCAAGCUACUCGAGUCGUGGCCGAGCCCACCACCACCAUACACGUCACCACCUUCAUCCCCAACACCGUUUUCACUCUCCGGCGAAUGAGAAACGUCGUUUUCUCCAUGAAGUGGGAAUUCUUAAACGGGCCCACAAACUCGACUUCCUGCGUGUUGGACCUAUUUUCGUCCUGGCUUCGAAUGUUGCUGCAUUCAUGCUUUUCGGUCACGCUUGCCUCGUUGCUUGACAACUCAGCCCGGUUGCAAGCAGCUCGGGUGAGUCUGCGCCUCUCAAAAUCAAGAUCCCGCACUGCAGCACUGAUCUCGAGCUCAAGAGCAGACACCUUUGACCAUGCUUCUUCCCGGGAUGCCUGCUACAGCCAGCAAGAGGAACUCGGGUUAGACAUGCAUAACGGAAGCAUGAAUAUAGCUGAGUAAUUGAUUCACACAGAUGGAAAUUCGUACUGCAGUUAUUA